AUGGAAAUGCUGAGCAAAUAUAUUCAAAACUCACAUAGUGAACCCCAGUUGCCUUGGUUACCAGUGCCCUGCCUAUUAACUGAUGGGGAAGAGUUCUUCAUUUACUUACAGGAAACAGAAAAUUCUCUUAUACAAAUGACCAAACAAAAGGUACUCGUACAAAUUGAUUUGUGGGGAUAUUUUAUUUACUGGAAUUUUGUAGAACAACAGUCGGUCUGUACAUUGGAUCUGAUGCAUGUCGAAGAUAUUGAAAUCUGUACGCACAACAGUGAACUGCCUCAGACAAAAGAUAACAAAUCACUACGUCUUCAAAUUUCUGUAGAAGGAAUAGUUGUGUCUGGAGAUAGUAAUCUUCUUGAAACUCUAUAUAAACUGGAACAUCCAAGUAUUACAUUGUUAUUGGUUUGUGAGGAUUUGAUUGUAUUAGAAUCAUGGAAAAAUGCUCUACUUCGGUUAGUAUUCACCCACUAUACAGCGCGCAUCACUCUGGCACCUCUGGAAUUACUCUGGAAACAAUGGACUCAUUUGAUACUUGUGUGUUCAAAACUGUCACCUUGUAAAGAUGAACAGACAAGUUGUAACAGUCAGAGGACAGUUCCAGACUGUUGUCUUACAGCAGCACUAGGUAUCGAAGGGAAUUCUGGUUACAGACAGACAAGUUAUUCUGUAAAUAAAAAAUACGACGGCAAUUACUAUUCGGAUGAAAACAACGAAACUCAACAAAUUAGACUUGAAAAUUUGACAUUUGAUUACUUCUUCAGUUUGUUUGUUCAAUUGUGGCCUAGAGAAGAUAUCGCAGACUUAUUUUCUGCCCAUACAAAAUCCAAAGGAUACAUGAACUGCCAAGAGCUUAAUUCAUUUUUACAUACUAGUAUUUCAUAUUUCGCAAAUUCAAGUUUUCCUGUGCAUAGUUCAAGAGGUUUAAGAACAAAUGAAAAACAGAAAACAUUGAGGCAUAUUAAAUACCUGCAUAUGGAACGGACGCAACAUAAUAUCACUGAAGCGACCCCAGCAAAAACAAUUUUGAAUCGGAAAUCAAAAUCACAAAAACUUCAGGAUGUUUCAUGUCUUAAACGCUCGAGAAGCUGUUAUACGACUGAAAAAAGUAGUGUACAUCAGAGUCAAAAACACACUGACAAUGUUAGUGCUGCAGUGUACACACCAAAUUCACCAGAGGAAUUUUUAUCCCUGACAUCCAGUCCAAUGCAUCAAGACAAAAGUGAUGUAGAAGAAAGUAAAGGUCAGUGCCUUCCAGUAAUUGUUAGUGAGGAAGAGUUUGUCAAAAUUAUUCAGCAUCAUGAAACUAAUAAGUAUGCAGCUAGUAAAUGUCUACUAUCAAACGAAGGCUUCUAUAGACUACUUUUAUCUUCCACUUAUCGAGAAUUGUGUAUUCGUCCGAAUGUGCCUUCUCAUUCGUGUGAUCAGUCGACAGUUUCACCGCCAACAGAAGCAGAGUCUUUUAAGUAUGGUUUACUUGAAUCGGAACAUCCAUUGGCUCACUAUUAUAUUAAAAGUGCCUAUCUGAUCAACAGAAUCCAUAAACAAACUGAUAAUAUUGAUCAAAUGAUCCAAAACAAUGAUGUCGCAUACUUUAAUGCUAAAUUUCACAGAGAAAUGAGUGCAUCGGCAGCACACAACUUUAAAUCGAACAAUAUACUAAGAACAAUUCGUCAAGCAUUGUUCUGUGGAGUUCGGGCACUCAUAUUAGAUUGUCAUCAUUUGUCCAGACUAGUUGGCACUGAAGCGAAUAUCUCCAAUGAAUUAAUCGUGGUACCAAUGAACAAAAAUAGAAUACCGACUUGUUUCAGGGAAACAACAUCACAAGACUCUUUUAACUUGAUGAGAUCCAUUCUACACAAAAAUCAUCCAUAUGCAUUAGUGAAGUCCGUCCUACAAGUACUGAAUGAAAAUAUCUUCCUUGUUUCUGAUUCUCCAUUUAUUCUCAUUCUAAAUUUGCACGGCCUAAGUCAAGAACAACAAUGUCGACUUGCUAAUUUACUUCAAGAAUAUCUGGGACAGUGGAUGAUGGUAUCGCCUUUGCCAAAAUACAGUAAUCAUCUGAACAGUAAUCUCAGCAACAAGUUGAAAAAUAAAAGUGGAUCUACUGGUCAAAGGCCAAUUUACACACGUCAUCUCCCUUCACCAGAAAUGUUAAAGAACAAAGUACUAUUAAGUAUUCGUUUGGUCAGAACAAGUAAAUCAUUAUCCGAGGAUCAAUCUCAGGAAUUAAUAUCAAAUACAUCACGGAAUAUCUCUCCGACCAAGAAGUUUAUGCUGAAUCCUGAAAUAACCGCACCACUUACAGUAUUCGUCACGAAUCCUGAAGGUGAACAAAAAUCAGCAAGUCAAGAUAUUGGUUCUACAAACAGUAGUAGUCAGAUAAGUCCGCCAACUACUCACAAAUUAAAUUCACCAAUUUUACCUAACAAAACUCCAUCUCCAAUGACUUCACCUUACAUGGAACAUCGUAAUCCAAACUGUUCUGCUUCCCCAAGUUACAACAUGUAUACAAACACAGUUACAGACCGGAAUCCUACAUUUCCUAGUCAAGAUGAAAUUACAUAUCUACACCCACGCUUAGCUAGACUGGCUGUAUUACUAACCCCAGAGUUUCCUUCUGAUACAUGUAUAGCACUGCACAACCAAUACUCACUCAAUAAAACUAAAUUAAACGCUGAGAAAGGUGACAGUAAAUACUGUUCACAGUCUCAUAUAUUUCAUAAGUCAGGGCUUAAAGGUAAAUCAGAAGAAUCCAAAGUAGAGUUAAUCCAUCACGAAAAUUCUCACAUUAGAAAUCCUGAAACAAUUCAAGAAGCUGGUCAGCAAGUGGAAAGACAAAUAGACGAAACUGAACUACUUACUUCAAUAUUCAAUAUAAUCACUACAAGAAAAGCCCUACUAAAACAUGAAGAAAGAAAAAGAAAAUUACUUAAACAUCUAGUCAGUGAAGUUUAUGGAGAUGCAACCGAGCAAAGGUCAGCUGUUUCACGUAGUAAUGCUUCUUCCGGCAACAUGAAAUGUGCAUCUUCAUCGGUUAAACGAGAAGAACAGAACAUUCCACCGGAAAAAGUCGUCUCAAAACCACAUAAAGGAUGGUUUAAGAAACGUAUGUGCACUUCACCACCGAAAAAGUCGGAACAAAACGCGGAACAUAAGGAUACCUUUCUAACAGCAACCGUCAGAUAUGCCCGACGUCUGUCGAAUGCAUCAAUACAAAAGUUCAACCGCUCAUUUAAUUCCUCAACAGUAAAUACAACACCUGAUAUAUCAAUGGAUUGUCUAGACGAAAAGAAACACUCACAACACUCAGGACUGAUACUUGACAAAAGCAGAAAACCAACAGAUAUUCAAGAAAGCGACGAGCAAGAACCACAUUUUCUAGAUAACAAUAUGACCAAAAGAGGAUCGCUGCUAAUUGGAAAAGAACCUGACAAAAAUGUAAAACAGUCCAAAUUAAAACAGCGUAAACCAACUCAAGACUUACAAAGUAGCCAUAAAUCUAGAAGACAGUCACGUAAAUCCUCAGAUAACAGUUAUCGUAAACGAAGUCCCAAUUCCAGUUGUGGUCACUGCUCAUGUAGUAGUGGGAGUCGUAGUGAGAAAAGUUCCCCCGUACAUGAAACAUCACAAAAACAAGUUGGACAGAGUAAACUUGGUUAUUUUCGCGACGGUCUACAAAAAUUUAGGAAUAAAUUUGCCCAUGAAAAACAGAAGUCAUUUGAAAAGUAUGCUACACCAACUAAUCUAACUAGCACUGGAAGGUCAAUAAUUUCAUGGAGUGAAAGUGAACCAAGUUUAAAGUCAGAUGACUCGGGAUCAACAAAUACUGUUUCAACGGUCUCCUCAACAACUGAAGAAACUUCGUUAUCAUCAAAUACAAAGUCCAGUCGAAGUACACAUAGUAGUGCUGACAGCUUCAAUAGUUCUUCAGAUAACAAGUUGAACCAGCAAAAUGUUGAUUCACCAGUAAAAACUGUACUUGCUAAAAGCUUUCAAGCAGGUCUAUCAAAUGUCCGUCACUCUAUUACAUCACUGACUAAUGCAUUAUUUCAUCAAGACAAAAGCAAUAAACGCAGUGUUUUGAAAAGACAAUCUACCAUUGAGAGUUAUGAAAGCUGUCCCCAUUCACCGACGGAUUAUUGGUUAGAUUCUUUAAGAUGGUUUAUUGGACCAAAAUUAACAAACGUUUCUUCUGCUGACUUAAUGUAUUUACUAUCUAAAAAGCAAAUGACGAAAUCACUGGCAAGGUACAACAAAGAACGUCUUACUUGUGUCUUCCUAAGUGACAAAGAAAAAUCAUGGGAUUACUAUCAACUAUUUCGCUCCGCCGGAUGCCAGUUAAUCCCUUACGACCUCGAUGUUUCCCCAUUUGUAUACGACAUUAAUAAACCAGUUAGUGUACGUCAACAAUUUAUGAAAUUCAGUCAGACUUGCAGUCUGCAGAACAAUAGAGGUUUGUUGGAAGAUGGAUAUACUCUGAAACCUGCUUUGCUGAGGAUACCAACUAUAAAUCGUUACCAUCGUCAACUUAUUUCAAGAAAUAAAUUCCGAAAACGUUUUCAAAAAUCUAAGCCCAACUCACCUGAUGUGAGAAAUCAGAUUCAAAACUAUUUAAGAUGCCCUUGCUGCUAUGACCCACUAGAUAUCGGGUCAGAACGAGAAAUGAUCGGUAAAAUAUCGGACGGAACAAUAAAUUGUGAAUGGCCAGUUAUUUCAGAUGACGAAAAACAUGCCUAUUUACCAUGGAACUUCACUGUGCAGUUGCUUAAUUUUAUGAGAGUUAGUCAAAGAUUCUUAGAAAGUAGUUCUUCACAAAUAUCUAGUCACGAUAAGCAAAACAUACAAACACCUCGAAAAUUACCAAAACGCUACCGACGUGCAGCUAAUGCAACAGCCACACGCCAAAGGCAUGCAAGUGCAGGACGAAUGCCUUUAUCAGGAAUUACUACAAAUUCGGAAAACGACCAGUCCACAAAAGAUAAUUUUUGUUUACCAACUCCAACUAAACAUAAGAGCCAAGAAAACAUUCAUCUGAAGAAUGCAUAUGGUGAUUUCCAAGAAAAUCGUGAAGGCAUAAUUAUUGACGCGGAAAUAAAAGCACCAUUGUUCAAGUUUUCACAUCUUUCUACGGAUGUAACAAGUCGCUUUUGGAAAGUUCCUAUGGAACAUGAUGCAAUACGGUAUCGCCUUUAUCCAAACAAUUCUUUUCUUACAAGAACUGCCACUAAUCAUAACCAGUAUAGCCUAGGAAACUCGAAAAUUCUAUCAAGAUCCUCAUACGCACUACUAUCUCCAUUGAAUGAUAAGGAGAGGAUAUAUAUGUGCUCUAGUUUUAGUUCAAUGCCGCGAAGUAAUUCCGAAUUAAUGCUUGACUCAAUGUCCACGCGUAAAGUCACAUUCUCCCGUAUUCAUUUACCCGAAUCUAUUUCUAUUCAACUAAGCGAGAAAAUGUGCAGGAAAAUGUAUGACGAUGAGAGUAAUUCUGUCAAAAAUAUUGAUGAAAACACAAUUGCUUCAUGCACGAUAUGUGCAAAUAGUCCAUUGAAUAAAACACUCACAGGCUUUCAACACUUUCAGCUUCAGUUACUUCAUCACCCCAAGAAAAUGCUUCAGAAGAAAACAGACGAUAUUAUAGGAUUCAAUCAUAUGGUGUUUCAUCAGCGUUUGAAAGCUACUAUUGGUCUGUUGAUAUUUUGUAAGGUAAGCAUGAAUACUUAUGUACCGAACUCACUGGGUGAUUUAAUUGAAACCCUGAGUAAAGAAUAUGACACUCGGUCAAGAAGUAAACCAUGCAGACAAAUGGACCAAAAUCAACAAUGCAACGUAAACCGUUCAAGAAGCUAUGUACAGCUAGACAGACAACACAGUAUUCGAGAGAAUUCCACCAUGAAACAACCGGUAAUGCGUUCAAAUUCUUUUACCUACAAACAAUACCAUAAAAGUGUCGUUUAA